AUGCAUUUGCCUCUAACAUCCUACGCUUCAAGUCCUUUCCACCGUGUGCAACAAACCUACAUUUGCUCCGACAUUGACGGCUGGGCCAUCAGUGUGCGAAGAAUGUGGCCCGUCCUGUUUGCGUGCUUGCUGCACGCUGCCGCUGCGCACCCAGCAUCCGGUGUGUCGGCGGACUUGUUUGCCUCGCUCGAGCGCCUAGCCCGGCUCGUUGACAUUUCCUACUGCAUCGGCACCACGGGCAUCAGCAAGCCCUUCGACUGUCUAUCGCGCUGCACUGAGUUCCCCAACGUGACCCUCUCGAAAACAUGGAGCACUGGCCUGUUCAUGACCGACAGCUGCGGCUACGUUGCUGUUGACGAGACGCCUGCCUCCAGCGUCGCCAUAGACUCGCAUGGAGCCAUUAUUGUCGCUUUUCGUGGCACCUACAGCGUCGCCGACACCAUAAUCGACCUCAGCACCGUGCCCCAAGAGUAUGUGCCGUAUCCUUCGCAGGGCGAUGGGCCGGCGCACAAGUGCACCAAUUGUACCGUGCACAUGGGCUUCUUCAAGGCAUGGGAGGGCGCCAAGGAGUCGGUCAUUCCCGAGGUCGUGCAACUACGGAAGACACACCCGUCGAAACCAAUCCAUCUUGUUGGGCAUAGCCUUGGCGGCGCAGUGGCGUGUCUGGCAGCCCUGGAGCUCAAGGCUAGCCUGGGCCUGGAUAACAUUGUCGUCACAACAUUUGGCGAGCCGCGUGUGGGCAACGACGGACUGAUCGAUUUCAUUAAUCGCUUAUUCGAUUUGAACGACGAAACCAGGAUGGAGAAGCGAUCUUAUCGACGAGUAACGCAUACAAACGACCCCGUGCCGCUGCUGCCACCUGGGGAAUGGGGAUACAAGUCGCAUGCUGGCGAGAUUCACAUUACCAAGUCGGAUCUUCCGCCCGCUGAAGAGGACCUGCAGCUGUGCAUGGGCGACCAUGACGAAAACUGUAGCGCCGGUCAGGACAGCACUUCGGAGAGCCUAGCGCGCUUGACACAGUUUUACGAAACCGUUGCCGGUAACAAGAUACAGAAGCGCGGGUUUCCCACGCGCCUCAAGCUGUGGCAGCUAUUUUUCGCACAUCGUGAUUACUUUUGGAGGCUAGGACUGUGUUUUCCAGGCGGAGAUCCGUUCGACUGGGGUCGCGGAAAGGUGUCAGAGGUAGACGCCGCGGAAAUGGAAGCGGAAAACCAAGAGCUGUAG